GCUGGUCGGGGUCUAUGUCAUGGAUCUCGCGAUCGGUGCGCAUCUCAUCGUCAGCCACCGCUGGCCGGCAGCACCGUGGCGUAUUAAGCAAGAGUCGUUUGGCCAACAUUCCAUUCACCGUUCCAUACCACGGCGAGAUGCCCCAACCUAAUCAGAAGAUGAAAGUUUUGAUAGUCGGAGGGGGCGCUUCGGGAAUGUCGGCUGCUCUCGCCUUCGCUCAGCAUCCAGACCGUUUCGAGGUCAAGCUGUACGAGCGCUCGGCGAGCCCAGGAGGAAUGGCGACGUCCGAAGCCAUUGAUUCCAAGAAGUACGGGGCCUCGUACAUCAACGACGGCGUGCAGGGCGGGAGCCCGCAGUUCGCCAACACGUUCGCAAUAUUCGAGAAACUGGGGUUCAAGGGCUCCGAGGUCGGCUUCCAAAUCAGCUUCGGCAGAGAUCCCCAGGAAGAGUUCUGGUCGAACGUGUUCCCGAGCGAAGUCAUUGACAAGUUCGGACCGGAUAUCAAGAAAUUUGGCAAGGUUCUCAAGAUCAUUAAGGCGAUGGAGCCCGUCUUCGCCUUUGUACCAGUUAACAAGAUGCUCCCUAUGUUUGGCUUUUCGAAGGACUUCGGCGACCGGAUUGUCUACCCAUUGGUUGCCCUGUUUUUCGGUACGGGCAACCAGACGCCGUACAUCUCGUCGGCCAUCCUAGAACGGGUUUUCAUGGACCCGAGCAUGAAACUCUUCGAGUACUCCCCCACUUCGUUCCUCGCCUCCAUCCCCGAAAUGCGCGCCUUCCCACGCCUCUCCCUCGUCUACGACGCCUGGAAGAAGGAAGUCGAGGAAACCUCGCGCGGGAGCGUCUCCGUCGUCACCUGCCGCGAGGUCACGAAGGUCAAGCGGACGAAGAAGUGCGUCACUGUGUGGAGCCGCCCGACGCGGGGUACGAAUAACGACCAGGAGGUCGAGGGUCCCGGCGAGGAAACGGUGGAAGAGUUCGACCAGCUCAUUUUGGCGGUCGACGCAGACGCAGCGUUGAAUAUUCUCAAUACGGACGCGCGGUGGCUGGAAAAGAAGGUGUUGGGGAACGUCAAAUAUCUGUGGGAUAUCACGAUAACCCAUAACGACCUCGACUACAUGAAGAAGUACUACCGCCUGGAGUAUGACCCGUCUCUGCGUUCGAAGAAACGCGUGGAAGCGCAGGACGAGGAAGCGAUGAAGCAGUUCGAGUUCGCUGAGAAGAACUUCAGGCCGCUCUACUACGUCCGGUCGUACCCCUCCGACAAGACGAAAAUAGAGAUGAGCUUCGACUUGACGAACUAUCAGCCCCAGUUCAAAGGCGAAUCUGCCUACGGCCCGGAUGGCACCGGCUGGCACGACGAACGCACGACCUCCCCGGGCGAGGAAGAUACCCACGCCGGGCGCAAGGUGCCCGGGGAAGAGUACCCCCCAUUAGAGGAACACGUCUUCCAAACGAUCUUCCUCGACAAGGACGGAAGCGAGGAGCUCUGGAGCCGGGUCGACAUUGACAAGGACAAGGUGAUCCUGGAGAAGUGGUGGAAACAGCAGAGCCACCGGUGGCAGCACUACGCGGGGACGGUCCCGUGGAUGAUGUGGAUUAAUGGACGGAAUAGGACGCACUAUGCCGGGGCGUGGACGAUCCUGAACAUGCAUGAGAUCGCCGUCGUGUCAGGAUUUGCGGCUGCGUACAGGUUGGGGGCCGAGUAUCCGUUCAAAGAUAGCGAAGAAUGCAAGAGGCUAUUUUCGCUUUACUUGGGUGCGAGUCAUGGCGUACGCAUGAGGUCUGAAGACCGGAAAGGAUUUUUCAAGUAG